AUAUGCAUUUUGUUGCUUAUGGAAAGCAUUUCCUCGGCAUUCUACCUACGUCUGGACAUGGCUCAAAGCUCACUUGAAGGAUGGAUGUUGCAUUAGACAACUCACGAAAAGAAUGCAUUAGCACAAAGACAACAAGAGAUGAAAACACUUAACGUCACAUGAAUUAUCAAGGCUAGACAAGAAACUAGGCUAUAUAAGCUCUUCUAGCGAUCCAGUCAAAGGUGACAAUUCAAGAUUCCCUUCAAAAAUGUCUUCAGAGAAACCCAUCAACAGUGUCAGUGCUGCAAUUCAACAAAGCUUGCAACACAUAUCUCUUGGAACUCUAUGCAAAUCUAUAGCCACUUGGGGACUAAUCCUUUUACUGCUCUAUACUGUCUUGUUUAACCAUCCUUGCUGUAGCCAGACUAUGAAUAGAUUCGCUCUCUUUAAGCUCAAAUGGCCACCACUCUCACCUAAUAAUGCAACUACUUCUGCGAAUGUUACUACUACCCCUACAAGUAUCAGCCACAUUGUAUUUGCCAUGGUGAGUUCUGUGAACACAUGGAAGCACAGGAAAUCAUACGUGGAAUCAUGGUGGAGACCAAAUGUUACUCGAGGAUAUAUUUUCCUUGAUAGAGAUCCCUCGCAAAGAUUCCAUCCUUGGCCCUCAUCUUCUCCGCCUUUUCGCGUCAAUGCACCUGUCAAAUUUAGAUUAAACCGCAAAUAUGCAACACAGGUUAGAAUAGUACGUACAAUCAUGGAGACUUUUAUGCAGGGAGAUAAAGAUGUUAGAUGGUAUGUAAUGGCAGAUGAUGACACCGUCUUAUUUAUUGAUAAUUUAGUAGAGGUUUUAGCCAAGUAUAAUCAUACUGAGUACUUCUACAUCGGAAUGAAUUCGGAAAGUGUUAGCUCGAAUGUUAAUUUCUCGUUCGAAAUGGCAUUUGGUGGAGCUGGGUAUGCUUUGAGUUACCCUCUAGCAGAAGCUUUGUCCACGAAGGUGGAUGGGUGUAUUCAACGAUAUCCAAAUGUAUAUUCCAGUGACUUUAUUUUGCAGACGUGUUUGGCUGAUUUUGGAGUUCCUCUAACGCAUCACAGAGGCUUUCACCAGAUUGAUCUACAUGGGGACAUAUCAGGCCUUCUAUCAGCUCAUCAUCAGUCUCCUGUCCUCUCCCUUCACCACAUCGAUGUCGUAGAUCCAAUCUUCCCCUCCAUGAAUCGCUCUGCGUCCGUGAACCAUCUAAUGGAGGCUGCAAAAGUCGAUCAUUCACGGCUAUUGGAACAAACUAUCUGCUACCAAAGGAAAAACAACUGGUCUUUUUCUACCUCAUGGGGCUACUCCGCUCACAUAUACGAAAAUAUACACCCCCGAAGCUUUCUACUGUUACCUAUCGAGACGUUUAGACCGUGGCUGAGGAUUUUUAAGCCACCAUUCUAUAUGUUCAACACUCGAAGUCUCACCAAUGAUCCAUGCGAUGCUCCUCAUGAAUUCUUCAUGGAAUCUGUCGAGAAAACCAGAGGGAACCAAGUUGUUACGACCUACACCCGAAAAUCACCACGCAAUUUGCCACCAUGUUCAUCAAGUGGCAAUCAUUCUGCAAAUCAUAUUUCCAAAAUUCAAGUCUUUUCAUCAGCAACAACAUUAAAAAAGGCUGGACUGAUGGAAUGCUGCGACGUUGAAGAGACAGCAGACAUGAAUAUUACACGUAUCAAGUUAAGGGCUUGUAUGAAAGAUGAAGUCAUUGCCUGAACAUGUUAUCAAGCACAAAUGGAACGUGUUAACUUGAUUGUACUUUAUUUUCUUCUUCUUUCUCUCCUGUUUAUUGGUACGAGCUUAAGUGUGAUGCUGCUUGGUGCUAAGUAGACAACUUCAACCCUCAAGUAGAUGACAGUCUUUGAAUUUCUAGGCUGUGUUUCAGUGGAAUUUCGUCAACCAAGAAUACAGUAACAAAAUUACCUCAUGCUACGUCUCAAUUUGCAAUUUUCUAAACACAAGCACGAUUAUUAUGAUUCUUCUCAUGUGAUUAUUGUGCAUUGACCAGGUUUGAUGUUUGUUCGGUUUAA